CUGAUCUUUCAGCACGCAACACCAGCAAUCAUAGCUUAACACUUCCCAGUCCUCAAUUUUUUUCUUCUUCUACUACUUAUCUUUUACACGUUCAGAUCAGCUUCACAAAUCUUUUUCCCAAUUUCUUGACUUUACAAACUUACACACACCAGCCCGGCGAUGGCCGUAUUCCGCCUCCGCCGCCGCCACAAGCAGAGGCUGUCGUUUGCCACUGUAACUGCACUGGCAUUCCUCUUAUUCGCCUCCGCUUCAGCUGUUUCACUCAACCCAACUCGGCAACUCAGUGGGGGAGUGAGAGAGGAGGGAGAAGAAGGGAAGAGGCCGAGUGGGUUGGAGGUUUUUGGGCGAGUCGUGAUGAUUCGGCGGAGACUCGGCGGGCCUGGAUCGUCACCGCCGACGUGUAGAUCAAAGUGUGGGAAGUGUACGCCUUGUAAACCGGUUCACGUGCCGAUUCAACCCGGUCUGAGUAUGCCAUUAGAGUACUACCCAGAAGCUUGGCGUUGCAAGUGUCGCAACAAGCUUUUCAUGCCUUGAGAGAAAAUUUGAAUCGGCUCAAUUCAACAAACAAAACAACACAAAAGCAUGAAAACAAGUGUUCACUGUUUACUUAAUUAUAUAUAUAAAUAUGGUCUCGCAUUUCUUCAACUUCUUUGUGUAUAUUGACAUAUAUAUAUACAUAUAUAUUUACUCAUGCAGGUGCAGCCAUGUGAGAAGAGAGACAGGGGAAGUUGGAAAUGCAAGUUCUGUUUGAGACUCUCAUCUCAAGAGGGAUCCUCUCUCUUUCUGUCUCUCUUUUGCUUAUGAUUUUUUGACUUGCAUUAAUGCAAGUGAUAUUAUGAGAAAGAUUGCAUGAAAGGCUGUAACUAAGAUAAAGCUAAUUCUAUACUCUUUUUAGGUGAAAUUGUUAAAUUGUUAAGUAUAUAUACUUGUAUGAGUUAUGCUAAGCAGACCAAAUUUUCUAUUAAAUGUGGGACUUACCCAUGUUAAUUUGUUGGGUCUCGCAUGCAUGUCAAAUGUUUGAUAAAAAAUUUGAUAAAUUAUU